AUGGCAGCGAGUGAUCAGGCUUUGGAUUUGCUCGUCGUGCACCUCGAUGCUUCCAACGGGCAUUCUUUGGGCUUGCAGCUGUGCGAGGACGGUAUUACCAUCGCUUCUGUGGACCAUGACUCUUUGGUGGCCGGGUGGAAUGCACUGCAUUCCAGACAAAUAUUGCCGGGCUCUGUGCUUCGGCGGGUGAAUGGUCAGACCGAUGUGGAUAGCAUGGGCCAGGAGCUGGCGCAGUUGAAGCCAUUGACGUUGGAGGUUCAACUCGUGAAGGACCAGGACGAGACGACUGACAGCAAUGUUGACGUUGAGUCGAUGAGGCUUGAAGAUCGCAUACAGUUGGAGCAGCAAAGUCGAGAAGCUGCCAUGGAACAGCUGAGCAUCUUCAUACAGCAAGCAGUUACGACCGUGUCGAAUCGCAUGGAGGAGCUUGCGCUGACGCAUGCUGAAAGCCAGCGUCAACAGCAUUCACAGAUGCGAGCUCUGAGCCAGCUGUUUACGGAUACCCAGCAGGCACAGCAAAAGCAGGUGAUCCGACUAAGUCGACUGGAAGAGCUCCGAAAGGGCGACUUGCAACGCAUUGAAGACAUCGAGGCGGAGCAGAAGCGUCUCUGCCAAUCUUUGCAACGACUCACUGAGGACGCUCAACAUCGGAGCAACCAGGUGAACGAAGCGCUGAGAGGGAUCGCGCAGGAUGUCACAUCCUUGGAACAGUUCUGUAGGAAUCGGCGAAGGCCCUCGAAAACUGACACUGUGAACGGCUCGGACGAUGGUGCAAGUAUUCCUACACUUGUUGCUUCGGAACAGGGGCUUCUUGCUCAGCGCACAGCCCCUGUCAUCAGCAGCGUUGCAGAAGAUGGACCAUUGCAGACUGUUCACACCAGAGUCGCGCAGAGUCUCCAUGGACAACGGAAAGCUUGCGGACUGGAUGGCAGUGAGCACUGGAGCUGCGGCUAUGGAUCCCCAGCACGGGCCGAGUCCCACCAGGCAUGUUUGGCCAGCAGAGGUGCAAAGGCCAACGACCCUCUGUUCACCAAGAUACCCCUUGUCACCCAGAACAGCGGCCCCAACGAUGGUCGGAGCACUCUCUUCACUGCCAGGAUCCAAUACCCGUCUGCUCUCCCCACAGCGGUCGGCCGUGGCAUCUCCGGCAUUUCCUUCACCCUCUCGGCCAUUGAGCCCUACAGGUUUCCACCUGCUGAGGCCCGAGGCGUCUGUGCAAAGCCCACGCUUGACAAGAAUGGUCCAAGGGCCCUUCCCAGUCGUAAUCGCCCCGAACUCUGGUUACACUUCGAGCUGGUCACAGCUUUCCCAGAAUCAAGGGCCGCAGGGACCGCAGGGACCGCCAGCGGUGUGCGCCUCUCGGAGUUCCCCGGCCGUGCCCGCGGCGAUGCCAUCGACACCACCAGCCGCAGGGCGAACAGGCCAGUGUUCGGCCACCAUUACUUGUGGCACACAGUCUUCAAGCAUAUCAAUCGUCGCAACAUGCACUCUGCCGGCUUGAAGCCUGCGACCUUAGACCCUUUUCGGAAGCUCGGAACACCACAGCCGGCCAAAGUAAGUGCAGGACAGCUAGCCACAUCAACUCCCGGAAGGCACAUAGCUCGCUGGUCAAAGGCUAAGACUUUCCAGUCAAUCCAAGGCCCGACGGAGGUGACGUCAGUUGCCCUGCCUGCCAGUCGGCUUUCUGAGCUGGCGCAGCGCUUUCAUUUCAUCGAGCGCCAGGUGGAAGCUGACACGAAGUCCAGGAAGCAGACAGAAGACUCAACUGUCGAGAACCUCUGGCUGGACGUCCACGUCUCAAAGAGGUUCAAGUGGGUAGCACCCAGAAAAGAGUCUAACUUCAAUCGACAUUCAGCGCGUAACUCUUCAGCAGCAUGCAGCAUGGCACCGUCCAACUUCGUCGGCUUGAUCUUCACAUGUGUCGUGGGAGUCCGUGGGAAUGCUUGUGAUGUUGAGCAGAAGUUGGCGGACUUCUGGUACGCCUCUGGGCCUCCGCUCUCCGAGGGCGAUGCGCAAGAUUGCCGCGAGCAAGGAGGAUUCUUACACAGAGUGUCUGUGGAUUGUGGAGAUGAUGUCUUCAAUUUCUUGUUGGAUUAUCUCCUGCAUCAGCUCGGAGAUGUGAAAGAGGCAGAAAGGGAGACUUGUCACAGCGGCCUGGCCAUGAGAUGGAAGAAUAUAAUCGGAGGAUUUCAGAUCUGUUUGCCCCCAAGUUGCCAUCCACCGGAUGCAACCCACGCAGCGAGCCUGCUCAUACUGUCGUUGGGCCAUGGCCUGUUAGAUGGCGCCUUAUUGAAGCUGGCUGCUUUGAGCUUCCUGUCAAUGUUUCGCGCAGACGAGGAGCUUCGAAGUGACAUGCAGCAGUGUUUCUCGUUUGAAGACUCCACAGGCCAAGUUGAGGCACAGACUGUGGACCUCAAUUCUGGUUAUUCCAUGCCGAUGGUGGCUUUUGGAACCGCCGGCAUGUCAAAGACCCGCGAGGCAGUGGAAGAGGCCCUACGACUGGGGUAUCGUGCUAUCGACACGGCAACGCGUCCGGUAGGUGGUGAUGGCUUCGGCUACGACCAGCAGGCGGUGGGACAGGCUCUGCUUGGGGUGGAUCGAAACUCGAUAUUUGUCACUUCAAAGGUCCAUCCAGCAGAGCUCGGCUUUUCCAAGACCCUCAUGGCGGUCGAACGCGCCUUGCAAGAGCUGGGAGAUGGAGCAGCCGGGUAUGUGGACCUCUUCUUGAUACAUUUCCCGACAUGCGAGCUUGACUACUGUCCCAAGGGCGGGGCUCUGAGGCCACUCGGUACCUUCGAAGACAGCUGGCGGGGGUUGGAGGAGGCGGUUCGACGUGGAUGGGUUCGGUCUAUCGGCGUGAGCAAUUUUGACACCCAGCAGUUGCAGCGACUGCUCUCGAUUUCGACGGUCACGCCUGCGGUUGUCGGAGUGUGGGCGGAUAUUUACCAUCCUGUUCCAAGGUCCUUGCGGGUGCUGUGUCGGCGACACAAGAUACAGAUUCAGGUGUACGGCACCCUCGGCUUCGAGUGGUCACAAGGCCGGGGCUUGACUGGCAAGCUGGCAUCACGCUCGAGCCCGCUUCUGCUGAACCCUGUCCUGCGCAAGAUUGCCAGCUCCAAGAACUGGCCUAUAGCCGACGUUGCUGUGAAGUUCUUCUUACAACAACGGAUUGCUGUGAUCGUUUCCUCUGAACGGCGCGAACGCAUGGUGGAACUCUAUUGCUCCCAAGAUGCCCGCGAACUUUCCGUGGAGGAAAUGGAGGAGUUGCACGAUUUGGACGGUUUUUUGAGCUCAAGUUUGAAAAUUGAUGCAAGUCCCGACUUUUAUGCGGGAAUGUCGGGAUUUGACACAUCGGAGCUUCAUACCCUCACAUCACAGUUUCUACACAUCGACUGGGACUGUAACGGAGCUCGUGCCGAUUUUGAGAAGUAUGGAGUCGUGCACUUGCAACAAGUACUCCCGCCAGUUGUUCUGCAGUCUGCCCAACGGGCUUGUCAAAAGAUAGUGCUCGACCACGGUGGGGGAAACUGGGAAAACAGAGACGAGUUUCCGCCUGUUCUGUGUGACUGGACCAAGUCCGGAUAUAAUGCUGACAUCAGCAUCGACAAAGUACACACCACGGAAUUGAGUUACCUGUUUCCUGCCGUGGUUUCCAUACAAGAUAUUGCAAAGUGCAUCCUCCGAACAGAGGAGCCUGUUAUUUACUACAUCCUGCUAAGAGGAAAGGCACAGGGAUGCAAUGCCUCGUCCAUUCCUUGGCACCAAGACACAGCCUACAACUUGUGGCGAGCGACUGAGGCACGAGUUUAUGACGCGAAGGCGGAAGCGGACAUCCAAACAUGGGGUAACCACACCGCCGUCCUCCACAUCCCGUUGACGACUGAAACGUCAGAAAAGGGAGCGUUGAUGUAUGCACUGGGCUCGCAUGAGGACGGACUGGACCCCCAGUUCUGGUCGCAAAGAUGGCUUUUUGGCAUGCCAUUGCCACCAUACGAAUUCAACGCAGACCAUAGUGCGGUGAAGACUAUGGAGACCCAACCCGGCGAUGCGCUGGUGCAUUCAACCCUUGUGCAUCAUGGGACCUGCCCGAAUGUCGGCACGGAGGUGCGCUGGCACAUUGAAGUAGGCGUCCAGCAUCCAGAGUAUCAGUACCUGGAUGAUGAGCACCGGAUUCCCUUCCCCCCCGACUAUUCCAUGGCUUCUUUGGCGAGCUUCCUGAGAGAACUAAGCUUACGCGCCUGA